AUGACCCAGAUGCAAAUCAAUGCAACUUACCUGAAUACUACCAUGUACAUCUCCCUCAAGAGAGCAGUCAAAGGUGUCUAUUGGCAUUCCACUCACCCCUUCUCUCAAUGGUUGCUCCCAAUCCUUGCGUCUUCUGAGUUGUCUGCACUGGAGCCCAAAGUGGGAGUUCUCCUAUCCCAGCCGGACAACAUCACCAUCCAUGGGGUGCACCACCAGAUCAAUACUUUUGCUGACGAAGACACACAUGUUAAGGCAGCAAGCAUGGAGAAUAUGAGCAAUGGGCAGAAGAAGUAG